GAAGAAGAAAAAUUUUUUACUGGUAUUAUUGAUAUUGUUAAAUGGCUUGGUUAUGAACCUUAUAAAGUAACUCAUGCAUCUGAUCAUUUUGAUAAAUUAUAUGAAUGGGGGAAAGAAUUAAUUUCUCGUGAUUUAGCUUAUGUUUGUCAUCAAAAAGGUGAAGAAUUAAAAGGACAUAAUGUACAUGAAUCACCAUGGCGUUAUAGACCAAUUCAAGAAUCUUUACAAUUAUUUGAAGAUAUGAAAAAUGGAAAAUUUUCUGAAGGUGAAGCAACAUUAAGAAUGAAAUGUAUUAUGGAAGAUGGAAAACUUGAUCCUGUUGCUUAUCGUAUUAAAUAUGCUCAUCAUGCAAAAACUGGUGAUAAAUGGUGUAUUUAUCCAACAUAUGAUUAUACACAUUGUUUGAAUGAUUCAAUUGAAAAUAUAACACAUUCAUUAUGUACAAAAGAAUUUCAAUCAAGACGUUCUUCAUAUUAUUGGUUAUGUAAUUCACUUGAUUUAUAUUGUCCUGUACAAUGGGAAUAUGGUAGAUUAAAUCUUCAAUAUACAGUUGUAUCAAAACGUAAAAUAGUCAAAUUAAUUGAAAAUAAUCUUGUUCGAGAUUGGGAUGAUCCACGUUUAUAUACAUUAACUGCAUUAAGACGAAGAGGUUUUCCACCAGAAUCAAUAAAUUUAUUUUGUGCACGUAUUGGUGUAACUAUGUCACAGACAAUUCUUCAUCCAGAUAUGCUUGAUGCAUGUGUACGGGAAGUACUUAAUAGAAUUGCUCCUAGAAUAAUGGUUGUUUUAGAACCAUUAAAAGUAACAAUUAAUAAUUUUCCUUAUGAAAAAAAAAAAGAAUUAACUGUAUUAAAUUAUCCUGGAGAAGAAUCUCGUGGUUAUCAUAAUAUUCAAUUUGAUUCAAUUAUUUAUAUUGAAAAAUCUGAUUUUAGUCAAAAUCCAACAAAAGAUUUUAAACGUUUAACACAAAAUCAAUCAUGUGGAUUAAAACAUGUUGCUUUAGUUAUUACUCUUCAAGAUAUUAUUCGAGUUAGUCAUAUUAACAAAAAUUAUAUUUAG